AUGAAUGAACGAGAUUGGCGAAUAUUUAAUGAAGAGUUUUCCAUCAAUUACCGAGGUGGCGGCAAGAUCGUGCCUCACGCAAUUCGAUAUUGGAAAGAAUGCCAAUUGCAAGAGCCGAUUCUACAAUCUAUACAAGAACUUGGGUACAUUACUCCCACACCGAUACAAAGAGCCAGUAUACCGAUUAGUUUGGAAAAAUUAGACGUGGUGGGAGUCGCUGAGACUGGUAGUGGUAAGACUCUCGCUUAUUUGUUGCCCAUUUUGCAAUAUUUGUCCCAAAUUGAUUCAAAUUAUAUGCAAUUCGAAAGGAUUAAAAACCAACCAUUGGCACUUAUUUUAGCACCAACGCGUGAAUUGGCAUUACAAAUCACUGCACAAGCUGAGAAACUAUGUACGCGAUUAGGCUACAAUGUUGUUUCCAUAAUUGGUGGACAUCAGUAUCAAAGUACAAUUGAAGAAAUUGAUAAUGGUAGAGCUGGUACCAAAGGUGGUGUCGACAUUGUUGUUGCAACACCUGGUCGAUUAUUGGAUUCAAUUGAUCGCAAAAUCAUCAACUUACAAAAAUGCUACAAUUUGGUUAUGGAUGAAGCAGAUCGAAUGAUUGAUAUGGGGUUUGAACGCGAUUUGCAUCGAUUGAUUGCUUAUUUGCCCACUCAGGAUGAUCUACGAUGUACUAUUGAUGGCAAGAUUUUCCAUCUAACUCAACGGAUAACUUCAAUGUUUACUGCAACCAUAUCACCACCAAUUGAAAAAUUGACUAAAUCAUAUUUGACUGAUCCAGUUUUUGUAACCAUUAGUGGUGCCGGUGAAGCCUUGGAUAACAUUGAUCAGAAAUUCGAGUAUUUGCCUACACUGAAGAUGCAAAUUGGUCCCGAGGUAAUUAAACAAAUCAAACUGGACAAUUUGCUCCGUGUUAUCAAAGCUCAUAAACGAAACAACCCCAAGGCACUUAUAAUCAUUUUCGCCAAUUUCAAACAUGUUGUCGAUACGCUACUGGAAGACUUGGAUGCAAAGCAAUUCCCCAAUGUAAUCAUCCAUGGUUCUAAAACUCAAGCUCAACGAGAAUUGGCACUUGAACAGUUUAAACUACACGACCCGUCAAUUUUAAUUGCUACUGAUGUUGCAGCAAGAGGUAUUGAUAUACCUCAAGUGAGUCUCGUUGUUAAUUUCCAAAUGCCUAAUAAAUUUGAUGAGUAUAUUCAUCGAAUUGGUAGGACUGGUCGUGCUGGUCAGUUUGGAACUAGUGUUUCAUUUAUUGACGAUGGUGAUGUGGCGACGUUUUCGGAGUUGAAAAAGUUCCUAACUAAAGGUGGUAAAAAAGUGCCUGAUUGGUUAUAUCGAUACAAUUCAGCGACAAUAAGAGAGUGA